UCUUAAUUUCAAAAUUUUUUAACAGAAAUUUGUCAGUCUGAUCUGGUUUUUUGAGCUUCCCCUUUCUUUAACAGAAAGAAACAGUAAUCGCCUCAUUCUUUGCUUUGCUUUUUAUUUUUGAGUUUCAUUUUCUCUCUCUCUAGAAAGCUCUUAGCUCUCUUUUCUAAUCUCUCUCUGAAAAGACUCAGAAACUAUCUAUGAUGGAAUUUCAUUUCUGUUCCUUUCCUUCAGGUUAAGUUUGAGUCAUCUGCUGAUGAAUUCAUAAAUGUCAAUCAAGGAUAGGCUUAACAUCUGCUGCAAUAAAUAUCAAACUAAAAAGAAAAGCUGUUAGCUGUAGUUAAUUUUGUUUUAUUAUAAUAAUAUUUAAAAGAUAGGAGAGGAAGGUGAAAUUUAAAAGGAAGAAUUAUGGGAUACCUAAAUUCAGUACUGUCUAAUUCAAAUCAGGUUCAUGCUGAUGAUGCGCCUGUUAGCGGUGGUGGUCUCAGCUGUUUAUUUCUAUAUCAAAAUGGGAAGUUCAGUUAUGGAUAUGCAAGCUCUCCAGGGAAAAGAUCUUCCAUGGAAGAUUUCUAUGAGACAAGAAUUGAUGGUGUUGAUGGAGAGAUAGUUGGCCUGUUUGGAGUUUUUGACGGUCAUGGAGGUGCACGUGCAGCUGAAUAUGUGAAACGAAACCUUUUCAGUAAUCUGAUCAGUCAUCCAAAGUUCAUUUCAGAUACAAAAUCUGCUAUAGCUGAUGCAUACAAUCACACAGACUCAGAAUUUUUGAAAUCAGAAAAUAAUCAGAAUCGUGAUGCUGGAUCAACUGCGUCCACUGCCAUUCUUGUCGGUGAUCGUUUACUUGUUGCAAAUGUUGGAGACUCCAGAGCUGUCAUAUGCCGGGGUGGAAAUGCUAUUGCUGUUUCUCGAGAUCACAAGCCAGACCAAACUGAUGAGAGGCAACGGAUUGAGGAUGCUGGAGGAUUUGUGAUGUGGGCAGGGACUUGGAGAGUUGGUGGAGUUCUUGCUGUCUCCCGUGCAUUUGGUGAUAAGCUUUUGAAGCAGUAUGUUGUUGCUGAUCCAGAAAUUCAGGAGGAAAAAAUUGACAGUUCGCUUGAGUUUCUUAUCCUUGCAAGUGAUGGACUCUGGGACGUUGUGACCAAUGAGGAAGCUGUUGAAAUGACCAGACCAAUCGAGGAUCCUGAGCAAGCGGCAAGGAGUUUGCUGCAGGAGGCAUACCAGAGAGGCAGUGCGGACAACAUUACCUGUGUUGUUGUCCGAUUUUUAGCAAAUCAAGCUGCAACUUCUCGUGGGACUGCUGCUGUUACUUCCGUGUGAGCACCGUGCUAUGUUGCUGUAGUAGGGUGUGAUUUCACAGAUAACCAGAGGAAUUGUGGGACGAUAGAGUUUGGUGGUGUAUAGCUAGUCAGAGAAACUGGAGUGUGGCAUCCUGUGCUAGGAUAGAGAAGAUGGACAAACUCAAUGGGCAGUUAAUAACUAUUGCUUAUUUUUUAGCCUCUAGUAUAGACCUGUAUCCCAGUCUAGUUUUGUGUACUUUGGUUCAAGAGAGAUAUAAAUGUCCACUUGUUAAUUUGUAAAGAGUCUGAAAUUAAAUGUUCCCUAUAUGUUGUAAAAUGUGGUUUAAAAUCCCUUCUGUUGCAUUUCUUCAA